AUGGCUACCUCCAACUUCCAACACCGCAAACCAUUCUCUGUUCUUCUACCAAUCUCCGUAACCUUCUUCUUCUUGCUACUCAACAAGGUGAACUCAACAGAAUCCACUUCUUUUUCCUUCACAAAAUUCGUGCCAAACAACAUCAAUCUACUCCUCCAAGGUGAUGCUCUUGUCACAUCAACAGGGAAGUUACAACUCACCAAGGUAGAAAAUGGCAACCCAAUCUAUAACUCUCUUGGUCGAGCUCUGUUUGCCACCCCUAUCCACAUGUGGGAUAACAGCACAGGCCAGGUGGCUAGCUUUGUCACUUCCUUCACCUUUGUUAUUAAAGCACCAAACAAAACCAAAGCUGCUGAUGGUAUUGCCUUCUUUCUUGCACCAAUAGAUACUCAGCCCCAAAAACCUGGUGGACUACUUGGACUUUUCAGUGACAAAAAUUACAAUAGAUCAAACCAAAUUGUUGCUGUCGAAUUUGACACUUUCUAUAACGAAGAUUGGGAUCCAAAAAAUCCACAUAUUGGAAUUGAUGUCAACAGUAUCAAGUCCAAAAAAACUGCAUCGUGGGGUUUUGCGAAUGGCGAAGUAGCCCAUGUUCUCAUAACCUAUCAAGGUUCGACAAAAACGUUGGUUGCUUCUUUAGUUCAUUAUUCGCGGAAAACAAGCUAUAUAGUCUCUACUGCUGUGGAUGUGAAGAAUGUUCUUCCUGAAUGGGUAAGAGUUGGUUUCUCAGCUACCACAGGACUAUCUGAAAGCUUCGUUGAAACACAUGAUGUUCUUUCCUGGUCUUUCGAGUCAGAGUUGCCAGAUAGUAACAGUGAUGCUGAUUUGGAGAACAACGCGCAUGUGCUGCUUGAUUCCAUGUAG